GAAAUUCCAAAGGGUAAACGGGAUGGGUGGGAGGGGCACUGUACCCACUCUUCCGAGAAUUAACAAAGCCUACAAAUUGCCAGACUUCAACUCCUUUGCAAUAUUUGGUGUGUUUACCAAAGUGGAGUCCACAUUCUGUGGCAACUGAAAACAUCAAGGAAAGAAGUCAUGCCAAAGCUAAAAGGCAAACCAAAACCUAAAGCCGGCUUAGCUAUGAAUAUCCUUGAAAAGUUCCUGCAAACUUAUGAAAAGCAUUGCACGGCAUCCCAAAGUUGUGUCAGUCCAACUAUCAAACAGGAUUUACAGCAAUGUGUAACAAAUGAUAUGUUCAUUACUAAGUUUGUGCUUACAAAUGUAGAGAGCUUAUCAAGAAAUGUGCAUCCAGUUUAUCUCACUCCUUUACUGAGGACUAUCCGAGAUGAACGAUAUCGGCGAGGGAAGGAGCUCUGUAUCUGUGGAAUUAACCUAUAUCCUCAAGAUAUUGCAAACCUUGCAAUCUUGCUAGAACUGGAUGGACGUACCAUCUACCCCUUUUCCAAAUUAGAAAUAACUCAUCAUGUAUUAGACCUUUGGAGCAUGGAGAGACUUGGAAUGGCUCUACCUUACAGCCGUCUGAGUUCUCUUGUUCUGGAUUAUUCCAAAUGUGGUGAUAACUGUGUCAAUAGACUUACUGAUGGAUUAGAUGGGAAUAGAAAGCUUUUAACUCUGAGCCUCUGCUACUGUGAUUUAGGGCCCAAAAGUGGAUUAACAUUAGCAACUCUUGUAGUCCAAACUGCCAUUUGCAACUUGUUCCUGAAUGGUAAUCACUUGCAAUGUUUGGGUGCCAUAGAACUCCUCAGACCAAUAGCAGAGUUUGAAGAAAGCAUUGGACAAGUAAAAAAAGCAAAUGCUCAACUCAGCCUUGAAGCAGCCAACAAAGAUGCAGAUCUUCACUCAGAAGUUGCGAAUCUGAACACUACUUCGAAGACAAAUAGUCCUACUACAAUGGAAAAUAGUAGGAAGAAAAAGAAAUGGAAAGUCUCAAAGAAAAAAAGUAAGAAACCUGACCCUGGCCCAUGGUUAGCUAGGCUGCAUUUGGCUGAUAAUGCCAUAGAUGGAAGGUUUCGUCAAACAGAAGAAAACCUCAGAGAGUUUGUGCAGCUGUUGACUAGUCUAAUCAGGUACUCUGACCAUCUAGUAGAAGUUGAUAUCGAUGGCAAUGCUAUAGGAGAACAAAGUGCAAUCAACAUAUUGGAAGCUCUUAAGGACCGAAAGAAAGACAAAAUGCCACACAUAAACAUUGAGGUAACACCCCAGAUGUCAUCAGUGACCUUCAGGGAAAUUUUCAAGAAUUGUUCAAAAACAGCAAAAAAGAGGAAGAAAAAGAACUCUCAUUUGCAGCCAUUUCUCCUGGCUGCCUCUUGAGAAUUGAGGCAGCAAGGGCCUCUAGAGGGGAGUGGCUUGGACUGAGAGCCAACCAUCCUGAUCUGUCUUCUGCACUGUGGUCAUCAUGUAACAAUUUCUCCAGGCUAAAAAGUUGGAUCCAGGAGCUAAGGAUGUGUGGAAAUGGUUGGAAGAGGGUGUAGAUGGCUAGAUCAGGUUGGUCUUCCCUUUUCCAACGGAACAAUGACUGACGAUAGUGAUGACAGCCUGAGUGUGACAGUGGCAGCUGGUCUCCAUUAAGCUUGGUGGGGCAGAGGCAGGGCAGUGUAUGGUAGAUGUCACCACUCCCCAACCCCAUUUUUUCUAUUGGUCCCACUCUUGUACUUUAAUAGGACAUUGUGAAGGGCACUGCCCUAGUUGUCCAGACUGGGAUUGUACACAUGGAACCCCCAUUCCUGGACUGGGCUCUUAAGGUGAGAGAAAUGCCUGCAGAGUAUCCGCUUCGAAUCACAGAACUGUAGAGUUCAAAGGGAUCCCAGGGGUCAUCUAGUUCAACCCCCUGCAACGCAGGAAUUUUAACGAAAUCAUACAUGAUUGAUGGCCAUUAAUAUCUGUUUAAAAACCUUCAAGGAAGGAGAGACCACCACUUGUGUGUACACUUCCUCUUGUUGGAUUGGUGUGUUAGACCUUAGUAUCCAGCUACUUUCGUUUGUUCCACAUACAAUUGCUUCUUACUGGAAUCUUCUGAGAUGUGUUUUGUUUUGUAUU